GGCCACCAUUCCCAUGCUGCACUUCGGUAGACUUGGAGGCCAGGUGUUUGUUAUAUACAGUUCUUCAUAUCACAGUUCAGUAUAAAGAGAAAAGCGUCAUUUUACGAAGGAUACACUUCGAAACACACAAUGCAAGGUGUUAAAAGGGAAUUAGGAGAUGCUGGCAGUUCUGGAAUGGGUGGAGCAAAAAGACCUCGUCAAGAUAACAGAGGCCGUGACAUAACCCUCCGUUUUUUACUGCAGAGCAAAAAUGCUGGAGGUAUUAUUGGCAAGGGUGGACAGAACAUAAAAAGACUAAGAAGCGAGUACAGUGCAACAGUCAAUGUUCCCGACUCCAUGUCUUCAGAGCGCAUAUUGUCGAUUCAAUCAUCUGACGAAAAUGCCGUUGCAAUUCUAAAAGAGUGUUUUCCACAAAUGGGAGAGCCGCCGUAUUCUGGUUUAAACAAGCAACCAAAUCAAGGUCAACACGAAAUCAACUUCUUGAUUCAUUCAAGCCAGGCGGGAAGUGUGAUUGGAACUGGCGGAUCGAAGAUCAAAGAACUAAGAGAGAAAACUGGAUGCCAGAUAAAGAUCUUUUCAGAUUGUCUCCCUGGUGCUACUGAACGUGUCGUUGCCAUAGCUGGUAAUCCAGAUGAAGUCGUAAGUGCCAUGGAGAAUAUUCUCGAGACGAUGUCGAAGACACCCAUCAAAGGUCCAGUGUCUCUUUACGAUCCUACCCCUCAAGACGAAUAUGAUGAUUAUGGUGGAUACGGAGGAGGACCGCCCAUGGGAAUGAGAGGAGGCAUGCGCGGUGGUGGUGUUGGGAUGCGAGGAGGUCGUGGAGGUCAAGUUGGACGCGGAGGUGGGUUUGGAGGCGGUCCAGGUUUUGGAGCCAGAGGCAGAGGACGUGGACUGCUUCCUGAUGAGAGUGUUUUCAAUCAACAGAUGAACGAUGAAGGAAAUUACACAGACUUUCAAGAUCCAUCUGGCCAGCAAACCACACAGGUCACCAUACCUAAAGAUUUGGCUGGUGCAAUAAUUGGCCGUGGUGGUGAAAGAAUCAGGAGCAUCAGACAACGCUCCGGCGCCGAUAUAAAGAUCGAAGAACCAGAUCCAAACAUCAAAGACCGCGUCAUAACCAUUAAGGGAAAUGAAGAGCAGAUACAAUAUGCUCAGUUUCUGAUGCAGCAAAGAUCGUUGCCUUUUUAUUAGAUCUGGUACUACUUGCAUCACGCCGUUCGCAUGUACUCUGGGAAAAAGAAGUACUGAUUCAGUGCCGGUGGAAAAGAACAUCAAUUGUUUAUAUUACGCUGCAUUAUAACUUAAGAAGUUGUUUUGCAAGGGACAACAGUAACAGUCGUGUCUCACUGUGAUAGAUUACAGAAACUCGGUCUGUGUAGCGAAUCCAUCCAGUUCAAACUUUUUUAUAUAACUUUAAUUUUGUUAAAGAAGUUAGCGUACACACAUCUGCUUUUAUUUUGUUACAUGUAAAGUAACUUUUGUUAGGAUAGUUGCAUAGGCUUUGACCAAUCUUAA